AUGAUUCCUGAACUCAGCCCACUCAAGCAGCCCAUCGCCAUUCGCCCAGAGUUUGUAGCACGCGAAGACACUAGCUUCCGCGUACAGCAAGAAGGCAAAGGCGCUGCCAGCACCAAGUUUACCAUUUUCUCGCCCGAAAACGACGUCCCCAAAGACGAGAAGGGUGCCAUCCCCGAGACAAAGAAAUCACCCGCUACAUUAAUCUCCGUCGACGGCAAGUAUUCGUCCGCCGACGAGCGACGCAGCUUCCUCGACGCCUCCGGCCUGCCCCUUUUCGACCUCUAUCACACGCCCCGCGGCACGACAUGGCACAUUGAGGUGCCGGGCGGCAACUCCCCGUCGCUCGCCUUCAUCGAGCCCCAGGACAGCAGGAUGAAGGACGAUUACAAGGUGCAGUUCCGCAAUGCGGCGGCCGAGGGCGGCCAGGACGUGCUGCUGCGCGUGCAGGGCCAGGACAUCUGGAAGCUGCGCACCAACGUCCUGCUCGGCGACAAGGUUGUCAUGACCACGAAGCGGCUGGACAAGCUGUCCGUGUACCUGCCGGGGUCCAAGGUUGCCUGGCAGGUCGACGUGGCAGAGGGCAUGGACAUGGCGCUCGCGGCCGCCAUUGUGGUGGUCAUGGGCGCAAACAUGUACACGAAUGGCAGAAGUAGAGGGAGAAUCUACAUUGGAAAAGAGUAG